AUGAAGUGGGUCGUCGAAUCGUCUCCGGCGGCUGUCACCCGGCGGAGCGGAAAAACGGCGACUUUGCGGCUCUCCGGCUCUCCGGCGGCUGUUACCCGACGGAGAGGAGCUGGAUGGAGGUGGGGCGCGUGUCAGGGAGCUUCAUCCUCAGGUCCGCGCAGCAAGAGGAGGCUCUUCAUCGCAUCUGGUACGCUCUCAGGAUGUGGCGACUCGUCUCCCGGCGGAUCGUCCUCUUCCCGACGACGGCUUGUUCGUCGAUCAAUCGGAGAUGAUUUACUCGAUGGAUUCGCGAUCCUUUUAUUGCGAAUCGUUCAACAAUUUUAGUAGCAAUGCUCUGUGAAUCGCGUUGACGAGAUUUUCGCCGAUGAUCUAGUGAUUCUGGUUGCUUAAUCCUUCACCGGUGAUCUGCAGGAAAGUCGCGAUAAUCAGAUAAAAAUAUAUGAAUUUUGACUGUGGGAGGAUUCGAACCCGCACCGGUUGUCCGCCCCUUCUGAGGAAAGUGUGACGCGGGUUUAGUCCCACAUCGGUUGUGUGCCGAUUUUUCAGGCGAAUAUAUAGUAAUCUUAGGUUUGUAAGCAAAGUCCCUUCUCUCGCGUGUACGACCACUCCUUGCCCCACAGCCGGCUGGCCAUCGGUGACGUGGAAGGGGAGUGGCGCACAUGUGCCCCUAUCGGUCCAAGCCGCUCGAGCCCCCCUGCUCGUGGCUACUCCCCGACUGAGCUUCCGUCCCGCUUGCGGGCCCGACUGGCCGGCGGGUUCCCCCCAUUUUGCAAUAUUUUAGUUUUAUUUCUUUUUCUUCAUUUAUCUCAAAAGUAAGACUAUAAAAAUCAUAUAAAUUCGUAUAAAAUCACAUAAUUACCCAAAAAAUCACAUUAAUCAACUGAAAAUCACUUUUCACACUUUAACACAAAUAUAAGUCUAUUUAUCACGAGUUAAGCCUAAAACUAUAUUAUUUACUAAUUAUUAACUCAUGAUAAUGAAAACUUAUCACACCCCCCAACUUAAAUCAUUGCUAGUCCCUUAGCAAUGGAAUUACGAAAAUAAAAAUUUACAAAUCUCAAACAUCAUAUUUCAAUACAGAAAGAAAAAAAAUACAAUUAGAAAUGAUGCACCUUUAGACACUUUGGAUUCUUAUAUAAAGUAUUUAAGAAUGAUGUCAAGCACUUAAAUGUUUGAACACUCCUUGGAAUAACAAUCUAGACUUCACUUCUUCUAUUCACAUCUUUAUCACUUCUUCACUCGUAGAUGUAUUUACAAGAUGUUCCAAUUAUCAAUACUCAUCCAAGAAUAAUAUUGAUCCUAUAUUUUCCUUUUUCUAUGGCUUGAUUUUUGAAGUUUGCACUAUAUUUCUUCUUUCUUUAUAUAUAGUGGAUAAGUAGCUUUUCCUGUAGAUAAAUUUCGACAAUAAGAAUAAUGUCUCACACCCUCCAUGUGUACUCUUCAUUUUCAGGGCUUUCACUUUAUCCACUUAUUUUGCAGCAAGUGUUUUUCUAUACACGAUUUUCGACAAUGAGAAUGAUGUCUCACACCCUCCAUGUGUACUCUUCGUUUCUAGAUUUUUCACAUUGCUCUCUCUUUUUUUUUUCUUUUUUUUUUUUUCGAAAUAAGUGAUUUCUCCUCACAAGUCUUAUAGAUCAGGGUGCAAAAAUCUCCAUUAAACUCAAAUGAUCAAUCAAAUUUUCACAUCAAGUAAAUAUUAUCCAUCAAGAUCAUGAAGUGAAAAUCUAUAAAAUCAAAUCCAUGUUAUCUAUCAUGUAUCCAAGGAGUAUUCCAACAUUUCAUGCUACUAGAUCAUUCUUUUGACUCAAUAAUAAUCUUCCUAGUAUCUUUUGGUAUCAAUCAAUCUAAUUGAUUUAAUUUUUCAUGCAUGCAAUAUGAUGUAAGAAAUUUCUAAAUUAGAUAGUUCUGACAGUUCUAUUUUCUAUUUUCAGUUCUAUUUUAGCAGCAAUAAAUUUGUCAAAAAUAAAUCAAAACUAUCUUCUUUAUAACUGUAAUUUCGAAUUUCAGUAAUAUAUGUCUAGAGGAUUGAAAUGUGAAAAAAAGGUCUCUAUAAUUUCAAAUUUUGGGUUGUUUUUUCGUCUGCUGUUUUUGACAGUCUGUUGUUCUUGACAGAAAACCAGAAAAUAGAUGUUGCAGUUUUUCCGAAUUCGGCGAUCUUUUUUUAUUUUUUUAGUUGCUGUUCUAAGUUGAAUAAAAUGCAAACACAUGUUCUUAAUCGUCCUACAACAUAAAUUAAUAAUGAAUACUUCACCCCCCAACUUAAAAAUGACAUUGUCCUCAAUGACACAAAAAAAUCGAAACAGAAUAUGCAGAAAAUAUAAUUUUCAAGUGAAGCAUGCAUAUAUGCAAAGUUUAGCAUUAAAAAUGUUGUCAUAAAUGAUAAAGCUCCGAAAGACAUCACCUCAACCUCGUUUUUAAUUUUCACUUCGUCUUACACGCCUCCUCCUGCACUUUUUCGAAAAAACAAAUACAGAAACAAGUACUGCGAAAUUCUAAGAAAAACAAAGCUUAAAAAAAAUCAAACAAAAUGAAAUAAAAACCAUGGGUUGCCUCCCAUGCAGCGCUGAAUUUAAUGUCUCAAGCUGGACAGCUCUUAGAUCAUAUAAGAUGAUCUAUGGCCAUCAAAAUAUAUUUGUAUCCCAAGGUAAGUUUCAUGAUAUUCUUUUUCAGAUUUAGCAUAAAUUCGUAUACUUCAUAUAUAUACCUUGACAUACUUUCAGCCAAAACAAAAUGGAAAUUAACAAAAUUUUCCCAAAAAUAAUAUUUCCAUUUUGAAAAGAAUCUUUCCUUAUUUCUAUCUUGUUUUGUAAGGCUCUCAUUCAUUAAUAAAUACUUUCUAUUAAUAGACCAUAAAAUGUGAUCAGGCCAUAUAAUUUUCAAAUUAGCUCUUACCCAAUCUAGAAUUUUUUCAUCUAAAUUGAUAUCUCUAAUUCUUCCACUCACCCAUUUCUUAAUGUGUUCUUUUAUCUGCAUAAUCUUCCCCUGCUCCAUUUUAUCUUCCAUACAUAUUUGUUCAAUUUGUGAGGAGUGAAAUAUUUCAAGCUUAAAAAUAAUUCUAAUGGGCUGUGGGUUUUGAAGGAUGGAAGGAUUGUCUUCUUUAAUCUCAGAUCUAAUGAAUUCAGUAAAAUUCAAAUUUUCUCCUCAAAAAUUAUCUCUAUAUUCAUAUCCAUUAUUUUCGUUUCUCCCCAUUAAUUGAAUCAACUCUUUUUCUAAUUUUUUGUUUCUCAACUCAUCAAAUUCUUCAUCUUCCCAAGAGCUAUCUUUUAAUUUCGGUAUAUGAUAUACAUCAUCAUCCUCACAAUCAGCAUCCAUGGCUGCAAAAUUAUGAUUAAAUUUAUUAAUUUCGUCUCCUACAUCAACUGAUUUUUCCUCACCUGAAAUAUGUUUUUCUUCAUUUCUGUCCAUACUCCCUUCUACUAAAAUUUGGAUGAUUUUUCCAUGAUCAGUUGCUGUUUCUUCAUCUAAGGACUCUUUCUCCUCAUCAUCCUCACUAUAUUCAUUCAUCAAUUGUGAGCAAUAAAUGAUUUUAUUCAAAUUUUCUGCUACUAUAUUUUCAGCCUUAAUAUUCUCAUUUACUUCUAAUGGCUCAUCAAUUUCUUCUAAUAAUUGGAAAUAAGGAUCAAGUAAAAUAUUCUCACUCAAUGUAUUUACUGACCUAACAUUUUCAUUUCGUGAGUUUUUUUCUAAAUUUAUCCAGUUAGACUCUCCUUGCUGAAAUCUUACUGUUGGACAGUUUCCUGAAUUUUCUAUGGGCUGACAAGGUAGUUGUCCCUCUUCUCUCUUAUUCCCAAGAGCCUCUAUAAUUUUUUUCUGGUGCAGCAUCAUUUGAUUCAUAGUUUGUUGCAUCAUUUGGCUCAUAGUUUGUUGCAUCAUUUGGCUCAUUUGCUGCAUCAUUUCUAUACUAUCAGGUUGGGUUAGAGAGGGCUGAUUUUUCUGAAAUCUAUUUUCUUAUUUUGGACAAAAUUCAGAGUUUGAAUUGGAUCUAAGUGCUUCUGGAUUUUGAAUAUUAUUUGGGUUUCUCCACGAAAAAUUAUUCCCCCAAUUAGGAUUAUAAGAAUUAGAAAAAUAUUCUCUAUUUUUACUAAAAUCGUGGGGUACCUGCACUUGUUCUUGCCUAGGAUGAUAUUGAAAUUCGAAGUGAUCAUUUUCACCAUACAUAGGACAUGUACUAUUUGAAUUAAAUUGAGGGUUAAGAGGCUUUCUAAUAUUGUCAAUAAGCAAAUCAAGUUUUUCUAAUCUUUGAUUAAUCUGAUUAACCUCAUUUCUAAAUUUAGAUUUAUUAUCAUGAUGCAAUUCAUGAAUUCCUCUCUUCUUAUCCCUGUCAUAUAAUUCAAAAGAGGCUUGAUCUCUAGAAUUUUCACUUAAAUUCUCAUAAAGACUGUAAAUCUCAUCAGGGGUUUUCUCCAUAAAAGCUCCUCCACAUAUAGAAUCAACCAUAUUUCUAUGUUGUUCUAAUAAUCCAUCAUAAAAAAUUCUAUUGAGCUGCCACUUGGGUAUAGCAUGAUGAGGACACUUUCUAAGUAAAUCUUUGAAUGUUUCCCAUGUCUCAUGUAAAGUUUCUCCUGGUCUUUGAGAAAAAUUCCAUAUAUGUUUUCUCAUAUUUUGAGUUUUUUUUAAGGGAUAAAUUUUUUGAAGAAAGGCUUGUUCUAUGUCUUUCCAACUAGUUAAUUCUCUAUCUAAUGUAGAUAGCCAAUGGCUAGCUUUGUCCCUAAGUGUAUGAGGGAAUAAUUUCAUCUUAAUAAUUUCUGGUGUAACUUGAGAGAGAUUAACUAAAUCACAGACCAUAUAAAAUUUUUCUAAGUGUUGAUGAGGUUCUUCUAAAGGCAAUCCAUGAAAAUUAGGGAGCAUUUGAAAAAUUCCUGGAUUUAUUUCAAAUUUAACAGUGGGUGCUAAUGGGACUCUAAUAUUGGAUGCUCUUUGAAAUGAAUCAGGGAUAUAAUGAUUUUUCAUGGCCAUAGGAUUGUUCUCAGUUUGACUUGUACUUCCUUCAGGAUCCAUCAAAAUUAAUUUUUCUUUCGGAUUUUUAUUUUUGAAUGAAAUAAUGAAAGGAUUUUCUAGCCUUGGAUGCAAGGAUCUUCUACCAUGCAUAAAAAUCAAUAAAUUCGAGGGAAAAAGUUAGUAACUGUUACCCUCCUUCAAGAUGCUCCAGUCCUUGCUUUGCUUCUUUUCGUUCCCAUUUUCUAAUAAAAAAAUCAGCAAAAAGAAAAUAAAACAAGAGUUAAUUUUUUUUCUGUACUCUAAGAGAAAAAUAGAAAAAUACUAAAUAUUAUGGAAUACAUCCCCAGCAACGGCGCCAAAAUUUGACGUGACUCAGUCGUUGUAUAUUAAAUCACGCAAAUAUAAAAUUUAUAAAACUAGAAAAUACGAAUUUUUGGAUAUUUAGAAGUAUUUCUAAAUAAAUAUAGCAAUUAUAAUUCAAUAAAACUUCCAAAAAUAGCGGUAAUUUUCCAGGUCGAUCAAAUGUAAUAUAAUAUCUAGUAAUUAUUCAGAAUUUUUCUCAAUGAAUACGAUUUUCUAUGAAUUUUAUACUAGGAAAUAAAAAGGAAAUAUAUUUAAAAUUCACGAAAAAGGGAAAUAAGGGCGCGGACGUCAGGAUGAUGUCAGCGCCCGGCGAACGCAAAUCAGGCGGAAAUAGAGUUCCGCCCGGUGAUUCUUACGUAAGCGAUUACAGAUGAUUUAAUUAAUCAAAUUAAGAUCUGUAAAAGCCGGAAGAAUCUUAAUAGAACAAAGUAUAUUUUGGUAAAUUAAAAUCACAAAGAAAUAUCACUAAAUGAAGUGUAAAGUAAGUUGAAAGUAGGAAAACAGAGUUCCGGCGUCGCGACGGCGAUGCGUCGGCGAUGCACCGGAAUCCUGAGCGUUCAGGAGGAUCGUCUACGGCUCUCUGGCGGCUGUCACCCGACGGAGAGGAGCUGGAUGGAGGUGGGGCGCGUGUCAGGGAGCUUCAUCCUCAGGUCCGCGUAGCAAGAGGAGGCUCUUCAUCGCAUCUGGUACGCUCUCAAGAGGUGGCGACUCGUCUCUCGGCGGAUCGUCCUCUUCCCGACGACGGCUUGUUCGUCGAUCAAUCGGAGAUGAUUUACUCGAUGGAUUCGCGAUCCUUUUAUCGCGAAUCGUUCAGCAAUUUUAGUAACAAUGCUCCGUGA